AUGUGUCGUUCUUAUUCAGAUGACUUCAAGAGGUCUUCUUCGUCAUCACCACCAUCGAUACACCAACAAUUUAUUCAACCACCACCGCCGCCACCGCCACCAUAUACCACCACUUCAUCAUAUACACUUGAAGGUUGCGUGGCUUUUAUUGAAGCGAUGCCGGCCGGGUCAUUACGGCCAAUACUUGUUCAACGACUAGCCGCUGUUGUGGCGAGUCAAACGGCUAAUGUCGGUGCUGGUGCUGUUUCUGCCACUUCGCACCACGAAACACCUGCACCACCAUCACAAUAA